AGUUUUGAAUGGGAAUUUCUGAUUCUCGACAAAUAAACAUGAGUGCCAAACAUUUUGUAGACACAGCAAUCCACGAUAAGUGUGUGGUAGUGUUCUCGAAAUCAUGGUGUCCAUACUGUAAAAUGGCAAAGACUGCCUUAGAUGAUGUUGGGGCCAAAUACGAGGUUGUUGAACUGGACAAACGAGGCGAUGGUGACGCCAUACAGGACUACCUCAAAAGCAUAACUGGCGCUAAAACGGUGCCAAGAGUUUUUAUCAAGGGCAAGUGUAUUGGAGGUGGCUCAGAGACCAGAGAUUUGAAAGAGUCUGGAGAACUUGAGAACAUGCUGCGAGAGUGCAAUGCUCUUAAAUAGAUACACAAGUGCCUGAAAACAACAUGUUGUAUAGUGUUCACUAUAAGUGAAAUACAGUAAUCCAUAUCAAACUAAAGACAGUCAUGUAAAGUCUAGUAGCAAAACGUUUAUAUCUAGGUAAUUACUAUACUUAAUAGUGGUGGUAUAGUAUACAAAUAUUUACUGGGUUGACAGGCAUAGCCUCUAGAUCACCAAGGGCUAUAUUUUGAACUAUGACCCAAUUAAAACCCAGUAAAUGUUUGUUUUAUAUACCACUACGCAGAUUGUAGGUAUUACAGGGCAUGGCUGGAACUAUUGCUCGGCUUUUAACCAAUCGAAUGCCUGACUUUUUGUAGUUGGUAUAUAAUAAUUACUAUACCUACCAAUGAUUCAUUUUCAAAGUGUAAGCUACAGAAAUGAAUGAAUAUAUAUUUGUAUUGAUGAAUUGAAUAAUAUGUUUAAGUAAUGAAUCUGGUUGCUUGUGUACUUGUAGUAUUAUUGUUAGAAACUUGAUAAAAUUCUGUAAAAAAGCAUUUUUUAUUUUAAAAGUUGCCAUGCCUUUUUUUAUUAAAAAAUAUCCACAUGGAUAUAAGGCCACUCCUAAAACAAAUUAUGUGUGCAAAUUAUAUGUGCCUUAAAUAACCAUUGAUUCAAUGACCUGAAAGAAUUGUGAACUACACUCAAAUAUAUAUCCUUUAACAUUUUAAUUACUUUUUAUAUCUUUAGUUAUUUGCUCUCCGUUGACAAUUUGGUUGAGAAUAUAUUUUCUUUCUGAAUUACCAAGACCAUACAUAAAUCAUAAGAUUCUUAUAAUUAUUUACCCAUAAAUUGGCUUGUUAUUUUCAUAGUAAAAUAUGGUAAGCUCUCCACACUGUCAAAUGUUAUGUGACAAAUAAAUGUGAUAUGCCCAUAUUUGGAUGGAAUAUGACAUCAUCAUGCCCAUAUAUGGGCACAUCAUACACAAUUUGUCACAUGGAAUUUUCAUAGUGUGGACAGAGCUUUAUUACAGAUUUUACCACAGACAAAUGUUUUGUUUGUUUUGCUAUAAUAGUGUAAAAAUAUUAACAUUUGGUUUGAUCAAGAUAAUUUUCAUGGUCGUCAGAGGCACAACAAAUAUUUUUUUCCAAGCCUGCCAUAUUGUAUACAGUACUUCUCUUAAGCCUGGCACCCACUGUCAUGCGAUGGUCGUACAACACGACAAAUCAAUCUUCGCUGUCUUUGAGGGCUUAACAAUGUGGUGUUGUCUGCUGAUUGUCAAUGGCAAGACAGAUGGAUUAUCAUUAUAAACAGUCCAUUGUGCAUACCUUUUGUGUUUUUGUGUUCCUCAGACAUUCAAUUGCUUUUGCCAGCUUUGGCUGAUUGACCGUUGGAACAUUGUAUUGUCAUUAAAAUUUCAUUUUUUUCAUAUUUAUUUUCUGAUGGUGGUAAUAAUACUGUAAUAAUUUCAUUCAUUCGUAGUGCUUUUCUUAUAUACUUUUAUAUAGUUUGUUUUUUUGAAUGGCGUAUUUAUCUUUAUUUUCGACAAAAUGCUUUAUUAUCUAUACUUCCAUGUUUAGUCUGAUCCCAGCACCAAAUACCAUGUUAAUUUUUAUCACAGGUUAUAUCAUUAUUCUAUCUUGUGUCAAAUAGGCUCAUCUGUCAUUUAAUUAAUGAUAGCUUUUGUAUAAAACUGCUUACAAUUUUUCUUUGCAGCAAAAUGAUGUAAAUUACAGUACUGUAAUUUCUGUUUUAUAAGGUUUUAUGCAAUAUUAACUUGUCUUGGUAUUCUGAAGCAACUCCCAUUAUGAGGAUCUGUGGGGGUUUUUUUUGCACAAAAAGAUUGACUGUAAAUAUAAGGUGUAGUUUGAUGCAAUAAAUAAAACCAGAUGAUUUGGUAAGCAAA